GUUGAGUCCCAGGCAUAGCAGAGCCGGAGCCGACGGGCAGCCGCUCGGCCUCUGGGGUUCACACUCCUGCGCCGCGGGGAGCCUAAGGCCACCCGCAUGACGCCCGGGGGAACCCACUGAGUGCCGGGUCGCGGCGCCGAGGGCGACACCAUGGCCUUGGAGCAGGCGCUGCAGGCGGCACGCCGGGGCGACCUGGACGUGCUAAAGUCCUUGCACGCCUCCGGUCUGCUGGUUCCUACUCUGCGCGACCGGCUGGAUGCUCUGCCAGUGCACCAUGCAGCCCGAUCUGGCAAACUUCACUGUCUGCGCUACCUGGUGGAGGAGGUUGCCCUCCCAGCCGUGGCCCGCGCUCGCAACGGCGCCACACCCGCCCACGAUGCCGCCGCCACAGGCUACCUCUCCUGCCUGCAGUGGCUGCUCACACAGGGUGGCUGCAGAGUGCAGGAAAAAGAUAAUUCUGGUGCCACAGUCCUGCAUCUGGCUGCCCGCUUUGGCCACCCGGACGUGGUGAACUGGCUUCUGCAUCACGGCGGUGCAAACUCAGCCAUCACCACAAACACAGGUGCCCUGCCUCUCCACUAUGCCGCCGCCAAAGGAGACCUUCCCUCCACGAAGCUUCUGGUCGAGCAUUACCCUGAGGGAGUGAAUGCCCAAACCAGCAACGGUGCCACGCCCCUGUACCUGGCGUGCCAGGAGGGCCACCUGGAGGUGACGAAGUACCUGGUACAGGAGUGCAGCGCAGACCCGCACGUGAGCGCCCAAGACGGCAUGACCCCUCUGCACGCCGCGGCGCAGAUGGGCCACAACCCCGUCCUGGUGUGGCUGGUGAGCUUCGCAGACGUGAGCUUGUCCGAGCAGGACCACGACGGCGCCACGGCCAUGCACUUUGCCGCCAGUCGCGGCCACACCAAAGUGCUUAGCUGGCUCCUGCUGCAUGGGGCCGAGAUCUCGCAGGACCUGUGGGGCGGGACCCCGCUGCACGACGCUGCUGAGAACGGGGAACUCGAGUGCUGCCAGAUCCUCGUGGUGAACGGCGCGGGGCUGGAAGUCCGGGACCAUGAUGGGUACACAGCUGCCGACCUGUCUGAUUUCAAUGGCCACACCCACUGCUCCCGCUACCUACGUACCGUGCAAACCCUGAGCGUGGAACACCGAGUCCUGUCCCGGGACCCAUCCACUGACCUGGAGGCGAAGCAGCCUGACUCGGGCAUGUCCUCGCCCAACACCACCAUGUCGGUGCAGCCACUGAACCUGGACCUCGGCUCGCCCACCAGCACCCUCUCCAACUAUGACUCCUGCUCGUCCAGCCACUCCAGCCUCAAGGGUCAGCGCUCUACCCGAGGGCUUCCCAGUGCAAGAGCUGCAGAUUUACAGAGCUACAUGGAUAUGCUGAACCCAGAGCUGAGCGUGCCUCAGGGCAAAAUAGGGAAGCCUGCUCCACCACCACCACCACCAAGCUUCCCUCCGCCGCCACCACCCCCAGGCACCCAGCUGCCCCCACCUCCACCAAGCUAUCCAGCUCCCAAUCCCCCUGUGGGGCUACCUGCGGAUAAUAUCUACAUGCAGACCAAGAACAAGCUUCGCCAUGUGGAAGUGGACUCACGGAAGAAGGAGCCCAAGGCAUGCCACCCCAGGGUGGAGCUGAGUGAUCAGUUUGCACAGCGGAGCUCGGGCGACGGCCACUCAGGAUUGCGAAGGCAGGACUCGGGGCUGCCCUGGCACAACAUCGGACUGCGCAGGCAGGACUCCGGCCGCAAGCAGCGCUCAUUCAGCAAACAGCCCAGCACGGGGGACUACUACCGCCAGCUGGGCCGCUGCCCGGGGGAGCCGCUGGCCUCACGCCCGGGCAUGGCCCACAGUGAGGAGGCGGCGCUGCUCCCCGGGAACCACGUGCACAACGGCUGCUCAGCGGACCCCAAGACGUCUAAGGAGCUGCCGCCACCACCGCCACCACCGCCGCCGCCACUGCCCGAGGCCCUGAGUUCGCCGCCACCUGCCCCACCUCUGCCCAUCGAGGGCGCGGUCGCAGGCUGCGGGCAGCGUCGUUCCUCGUCGUCUGCUGGCAAAGUGAGAGUCCUGAGACACAGGAAGAGUACCAAAUCUUUCAACAUGAUGUCUCCAACGGGUGAUAACUCAGAGCUGCUGGCUGAGAUAAAAGCAGGCAAGAGUCUGAAGCCAACGCCACAGAGCAAGGGGCUGACCACUGUGUUCUCAGGCAGUGGGCAACCAGCCUCCCAGCCUGAGUCACCUUCACCUCAGCCAUCGCCACAGCCCUCGGUGUCACCUGCGCCAUCUCGAGCCCGGAGCCCCACCCCACCGGCCUCUGGGCCUCAGCCGUUGCUCAAUGGCAGCCUAGUGCCGGCACCACCUGCCACGCCAGCACCUGGAGUACAGCUGGAUGUGGAGACCCUCAUCCCUACGCUGGAUGAGCAGGGCCGGCCCAUCCCGGAGUGGAAGCGCCAGGUGAUGGUCCGCAAGCUGCAGCAGAAGAUGCAGGAGGAGGAGGAGCAGAGGAGGAAGGAGGAAGAGGAGGAGGCCCGGCUGGCCAGCCUGCCUGCCUGGAGGCGAGACAUCCUCCGGAAGAAGCUGGAAGAGGAGCGGGAGCAGAAGCGAAAAGAGGAGGAGCGACAAAAGCAGGAGGAAAUGCAGAGGGCGAAAGAACAGUCUGAGAAGCUGCGGACACUGGGCUACGACGAGGCCAAGCUCGCACCCUGGCAGCGACAGGUCAUCUUGAAGAAGGGGGAAAUCCCUAAGUAAUAAGAGUCUCUCGUCCUCUUGCGUGUAGCCUCACCAGUUCUGAGAGAUGGGAAGCGGCCACCCCCCAGCCCCCGCCCCAUCCUGUCAGGUUGGUGCGAAAGGGCUGGGAGCCUUGCCGCCCUUCCCUUCGGUGCCGGAACCCUCCCUGUUUCCCCUCCCUGGCCCCACAUCCCCAGCCCUGCUGCUGGAGUGCUUGCGCACUGCUGCUGUCGCCUGGAAAAAGUGCCCAAGCUGUUGACACAAAAAGAAAAAAAGAAAGAAAAAAAAAAAAAAGAUGCUGCUUAUUUGCAUGCUCACUUACAUACAUUUGCAUGUUCGUCUACCUUGUGCUGAGCUCUCCCCAGUUCCGUGGGUGGUGACUUUUCCUGCAGGGCGCACACCCGACUGCAGCCCCCUCCCCCACAUCCCGGAACCCACACUGCCAGCCCAUCCUGGGUGGAGGCAGACCCCGAGCUCGGGGAAGGGGUUUUCCUCCCUCCACGACCCAGAUCUGUGCUAGCCAAGGCCAGGCUGCAUUUCUCAUCCCCGGUGAGGGUUUCCUCUCAGUCAUUUGUUUACCAGAACCGAUGAAACUUGCCUGUCGGGGCGGAGCCACCGCUCCCAAGGGGCCCCAUCUUAACCCCCUACCCAAGUUAAGCCCUCCCAGCCCCUAGCCAGGACCUUCCCGCUCCCCUGACCGUUUCACUGCCCCAGUGGUGUAAGUGGAGGGUCAGGGACCCUGCACCUGGAGCCGCAACUAUU